UUUAAAGCUACCCGCAGUCCGCAGCGCUUUAAGAGAACCGGCGAAUACAGAAACCCUAAUUUCUUCACAGCGGGGCGAAUUCCUUUUUCGUGCUUCCGGUUAUCAACGAUCAUGGCUGACUCUCCCCGCAGAAGGUACUCAAGGUCCCCUUUGCCUUACAAGGGGAGGUCAACGUCUCGAUCAAAGGGACAAUCCCAGUCCAGGUCCCGGUCUCCCCGACCUAGGAGCCGGUCAAGAUCACAAUCUCCAAGUCACAACAGGAAUGAUGUUGCGAAUUCCGGUAAUACUCUUUACGUAACCGGCCUUUCCUCCCGGGUUACAGAAAGAGACCUUGAAGAACAUUUUUCGAAAGAGGGAAAGGUCACGGACUGCCGCCUCAUCGUGGAACCCCGUACCCGAAUCUCCCGUGGCUUUGCGUUUCUCACCAUGGAAACCACUGAAGCUGCUGAACGCUGUGUCAGACACCUUAAUCAGUCGGUUUUGGAGGGUCGUUACAUAACCGUUGAGAAGUCCAGAAGAAAGCGUCCGAGGACGCCCACACCCGGACAGUAUCUUGGUCUGAAGAAUUCCCGCGAGCCUGGCUAUCGCUACGAUCGUGACCGUGAUCGUGGAAGGUUUCGUGGGGGCUAUGGAAGGGAUGAAUAUUAUGGCGGUUAUCGAAGGUCUCCGAGGCGCUCGCCUUACCGUGGCGGCCGCGAUUAUUCUCCUCCACGCUACUCACCUUAUGGUGGCAGAUCUAGAAGGGAGCGGUCGAGGUCCCUGCCGGAUUCGCCUUAUGGUAGUCCAGACAGAGGCGGAUAUGGAAAGCGCUCAAACAUGUAUGUUCGGUAAGUUUGGAUACUAUUUUUGGGUAUAUUUGUCAUUAAACUUGAAGCUUAUGUUUGUUUGGUAGAGAUUUUUAAAACCUUAAACCAGUUUUUGCUUGUUCUCUCUGCUCAUUGGGAUAGAUUUCAGGAUGUUCUUAGGUUUAUGAUGUGGGAUAUGUGACAUGAAUGUUCCGUUUUAAUGAUGAUUUUCUGUUCUGUUUUUUUUAUUUUA